AUGCCUGAAGGUAUUAGCGAUAGUAACAACAAUAACGGCGCCGGUGAUAAUAGUGGCAGCUCUAAAGACAGAUCGGCCGAUGACAAUAGCCGAUCUAUUGAGUUGUUCAUCAAGUCUCUCCAACAACCAACAAAAUCGGUUUCUGUUCCCAGGAAUGCUUCAGUUUUGGAGUUGAAGAAUAGAAUUCAAGUUUUGUUUGAUGUUGAUAGCUUAAGACAAAGAUUAAUUUUUCAGGGCAGAGUGUUGAGUGAUGACAAAAAUUUAUUGGAUUACGAAAAUUUGGGUAAUGGUAAAGUCAUCCAUUUAGUUAUAAGACCUUUGGAUGCACCUCAUAACCCUGCCAAUGACGAGCCUCAACGACAAACUACUGAAAAUCCUCAACGUCCUAGAAGGCUUCGAUCUGGUUACGCUGUCAUUUCGGUUGACGCUAGCCUCAUUGAUUUUGGUAAUGGAGGGAAUAAUCUUCUCUCCAACUUGUUCAGUUUUCCUAAUUUAUCCACUACCCCACCAACCCCGCUUAACAACGAUGUUAAUGGAAGCAAUACUCUCAACGCAAAUAGUACGACUGGCAACAGUAAUAAUGAUAGAAAUGGUUUAAACACUACAUUACCGUCUACUCUACCCGCAAAUCGAAAUCCCUUUAGAAGAAUUUCUCAGGGUAUUUUACCCUCAUCCUUAAGACCCACUUUCAGCAAUAGCAGCAGCAAUACCAUCAAUACCACUCUUAAUUCUAACAACAACACUGCAAGUGACUACAGUAUAUCGUUUGGGCCCAGAGCGGGAGGAGGAUUAAUGUUGCGAGACCGUUAUGACAGAGCGGGAGACUUACGAAGAGCUGUGGAAGAAGGUUUAUCAGAGCUAUUAGAGGGUAAUAGCAACAAUGGUAUGAAUAGAGGCACUAGUACUAUGGGUAGCCGGUCAGCGACAUCCAGAAGCCCGGCUGAUCAACAAAAUACAUACGAAACCAGACUUGCGAGAACUCUAGCCUACCUUGACGAAAUUAGACAUUUGUUGAACACGCCAGUAGUAGAGGAUCCCGAGGGGGAAAGAAGAAUCCACGAGCAAUCACGUAGAAAUUCAUUACGCACUCUCGACGUAUCACGAGAAAGGAUGGCUAAUAUUUCUGACCAACGGCAUCGACUUGCCCUUGUCGUCGAUGAGAUGGCUAAUCUGUUGGAAUCAACUGUACCUUAUUUGAGAAAUGUAGCAGGAAUAUUAAGACAAGAUGAUUCAACUGCAGGACGCACAAGCAAUAGUAGUAGUAAAAGUACCAAUGAAAACAAUGCAUCUGACAAUAACAACUCUGGAUCCAGCAGGACGACGGUAGAGGAUACUCAGCAAGACAAUUAUAGCUCAAUAUUCCGUGCAGCGAGAAUCAUACAAGCCGUAAGUUUGAGCAAUUAUUUCCUGGGUUCAUUACUUGCUGUGAAUCGUAAUCGCUACAACAGUCGUAAUAGCAGCUCCUCUGCAAGUGACUCUGCGUCGUCAGCCGAUACGGCAGCAGCAGCAACUACUACAACAACUACUGCAUUGGAAACACAGUCUGGGCAGGGUGACGAUCGGGCGCAAAAUAGUAGCAACAAUGCAUCUACCGACAAUAGUGAGCAAAAUAAUAACAAUAACACAAUCACGGAACAUAGUGAGCAAAGUAGUAGUGAUAGUAGUAGAAAUGACAUGGGUGACAAAGGAGAUAGUACUGAUUCAGCACAAUAUCAUGGUAGUGCUGCUCCCGCAGAGGGAGGCCGACGUAUCAUAGAAACCUUGAAAAACAGAUACCAUCAACAAAAGCUUCAACAUAUCCAUAAAUUAAAAUUGAAAACAGCUUCUGACAGUAAGAAUGCAAUUUUACCUCCACCAUUACAGCAACUUGCCACUAGCAACGAAAACUAUCAAUUGCAAAUAAAAGACAAUGAAGGCAACGACAUUAAUGCUGAGGUGACUGACACAAUAUGUGGCAUUGGGUACACCUCGCCUAACGAAGUUUUUAUCAAUAAUGAGCUUAAUCUACAAAAAAUUGAGAUAUACGGAUUUGACUACGAUGCAACAAAUUAUACGGAUAAAUUAUCUUUGACUAUAUACAAUUCCUUGCGUGAUAUUCUGGUGGAUAUCCUCAAUUAUCCCAAACCUAUUAAAGGUUUUAUGUUUGAUCCUAACUUUGCUAUUCGAGGGCUUCAUUAUGAUGUCAAUCAUGGCUGGCUAAUGAAAAUAGACAAUAUGGCAAAUAUUCAAUUGAAUACUGUUCAUGUCGGUCGCCAACCCGUACGUAACAUUGAUGAAGUAAUUGAAGUGCACAAAGGACGUCAUAUAUCGCCCUCUUACCUCAACACAAAUAUGUUUCAGUUGAAUGAUCUAUUCUCUAUACCUCAAGCCACUCUCUUAAGCGACGUAGUUCAGUAUUUUAAGGACCACCAUAUGAACUUCCAUCCUCGUUAUUUAUCCGAUGAUGUCAGCACAGCUGCCAGAAUCCUACAUACAGGUACUCAUGGUAUUGGUGGCACGCUGCACUUGGAAAUCAUGAAGGAUAUUUCUUCUUAUCUCGAACGUGCACCUCAGCUCGUGGGUUACCUGGAACAUUUGCGCAAGCAUGGGAAAAAGACAUUCUUACUGACCAAUAGUACAGCCGCCUUUAUAGAGAAAGGUAUGAGCUACCUGACAUCCAGCAAUGAUUGGCGUGAUCUGUUCGAUUGUGUUAUUGUGGGGGCUAGAAAGCCGGAUUUUUAUCGAUCGCAUCGACCAUUCAGAAGAGUUUUGGAGCCGAAUUGGACGACUGUGGAAAAAUUUGAACGCGGGGAAAUAUAUCAAGGGGGAAAUAUGCGAGAUUUUGCACAAUUGACAGGAUUCACUGGACAAAAAGUACUUUAUUUUGGGGAUCAUGUGUUUUCAGAUUUGAUAGAGGCGACUACUCAGCAUGGUUGGCACACCGGCGCUAUUAUUCACGAAUUGGAAAAAGAGAUCAACAUACGUAAUCAACCGGCUUACCGGCAUACUCUAUCAUGGCUAUUAGGAUUAGAGAAGCUACUCAACGAAGCUCAGUCGUGGAGAAAAGAUUAUCCUAUAGAAGAGUUAGACUCGCUUAUUGCAGAAUGGCGAGCGGAAAGAAGACUUGUACGUCUUAGGUUGAAAACAGCCUUCAAUCGGUCUUUCGGAAGUGUUUUUCGAACAUAUCAAAAUCCGUCUUACUUUGCAAACAAAAUCCGAAAGUUCGCUGAUAUUUACAUGUCAAAUAUCACGCAUUUGCAAAAUGUGUCAUUGAAUUACGUUUUUUAUCCAGAUCGUACUUAUUUACCUCACGAACGGCUAGUGGAGAAUCUCAUUGAUACUGGAGGCAAGCUACCUAUUCAGAACCCUAAGAUUGUGAAUUCAUAG